AUGAAGUCUGGGUUUGAAAUGAGCUUGGUUGGUGAAUUAAACUACUUCCUGAGAUUACAAGUGAAACAGGUGGAAGAUUCUAUGUUCAUUUCACAGAGCAAGUAUGUCAAGGAAUUGGUUAAGAAGUUUCGUCUUGAAGGUUCAACUCAUAAGAGAACUCCAGCAGCCACUCACAUCAAAUUGACCAAAGAUGAUAGUGGAGCUAAUGUUGAUCAGAGUCUCUACAGAAGCAUGAUAGGAAGUCUACUGUACCUCACUGCUAGUAGACCUGACAUUGCCUUUGCAGUAGGAGUGUGUGCAAGGUAUCAAGCUGCUCCCAAGGAAAGUCAUCUUAUUCAAGUGAAGAGGAUUAUCAAGUAUGUUAGUGGAACCAAUGAUUAUGGUAUUUUUUAUGUUCAUCAUACAAACUCUAGUCUUGUAGGAUACUGUGAUGCAGAUUGGGCAGGUAAUGCAGAUGAUAGGAAGAGCACUUCAGGUGGAUGUUUCUUCUUGGGGAACAAUCUUAUUUCAUGGUUCAGCAAGAAACAAAAUUGUAUAUCCUUAUCUACUGCUAAAGCUGAGUAUAUAGCAGCUGGAAGUGAUUGCACUCAAUUGGUUAAGAAGUUUGGAUGA